AGUGCAACAGAUAUACUAAUACAAGUAUAAAUUCUAUUUUUUCUAUAUCGUUAACACGUUUAAUACACACGGCCUACGUUUUCUGAAUCUAACCUCAUUUGAAUUUGCGAUGUGGCACUUAGAAGAUUAACAUAUUCAAUUUGCUUUAUAGAAGAUUGAUUUAAUUUGAGUGAAAUGGUCAUAGUAUAGCGUUUCAGCAACGAACGUGUUUAAAUCAAAAAGCAAAAUUUUCUAAACGGAUAUGAAUGUAUAUACUUAGCAUAUAAAAAAAAAUGAGAGUGUCAUUACUACUAAUUUUUCGAAUUUUAUAUUUUUUCAAUGUAUAUGGAGUCAUAAAUGCUUGGGAUAAUGAUGAAUUGGAAGUAUUUGAUGUUGUCGAGGAAGUCAACCAAAAUUUUUACGAAAUUCUUGGUGUCCCACAGGCUGCUAAUGCUUCAGAGAUUAAAAAAGCUUUUAGACGAUUAUCGUUACAAUUACAUCCAGAUAAAAAUUCUGCAGAAGAUGCAGAGCAGCAAUUUAGAAAAUUAGUUGCUGUAUAUGAUAUAUUGAAAGAUCCAGGAAAACGUCAGAGAUACGACAAUGUGCUUAUUAAUGGAUUGCCAAAUUGGCGAUCAGCUGUAUAUUAUUAUCGUCAUGUACGGAAAAUGGGACUUUUAGAAUUAGGAAUAAUUUUAUUUUUACUCAUUACGAUCGGACAAUAUGUAGUUGCAUGGGCUGCUUAUUUUGAAAAAAGAUAUACAUAUGAACAAGUUUUAGGUAGUAAACUUCAAAAAAUGCAAAAAAAGAAUAAAAAGGGAAAAAUGGAUGUACCAGAUUUAGCAGAUAUUUUGGAAAAAAUUCCUACACCAACUAUUUGGAAUACUCUUCCAUUUCAAUUUCCAAGAUGGAUAAUAGCUUUCACACUAUCUAUACCUGAUAUUGUGCGCGUAAUGUAUGGUGUGUUAGAAGAAAGGAAACGUAGAAAAAAACAAGAAGAAGAAGAAACAUUAAUACAAGAGAAUGAACAAUUGGAACCAGAAUUUACGUCCCGCACAAGAAAACGCAGAACUGGUUUCACUCCACAAGAAAGAAGUGGUAAUGAUGUCAAAGAAUUAUUCAAAAAAGACCAAACAAAUCAUAUUUAUCAAAAACCUGCUUUUUCUGGGGGAUUAUGGACUGAUGAUGAUAUAUUAGAAUUAAUAAAACUCGUAAAAAAAUAUCCUAGUGGUACAUCAGAAAGAUGGGAUAAAAUCGCGGAUGCGAUGAAUCGUACAGUUUUCGAAGUUACACAUAUGGCAAAAAAGAUAAAAGAUGAAGGAUUGAAACCUGGUACGUCCGUAGAAGAAACAAUAAUAGAAGAACGUUCAAAAAAGACGAAGACUCGUGCGGAGAUUGUGGAUAAUACUAGCGAAUGGAGUCAAGAACAACAAAGAGCUCUAGAAGCAGCCCUUAUAAAAUAUCCUAAAGGCAUAUCUACAGAUAGAUGGGAGAAAAUCGCAAAUUGCGUUGAAGGAAAAAGCAAGGAUGAAUGCCAAGCGAGGUAUAGACAAUUAGUGGAAUUAGUCAAAAAGAACAACACGUUCAAUAGCCUGCCAUGUACAAGAUGUUCCUUCAACAAAGAUAGUCCAAUUUUGAUCAAGUUCAAAAAGGAAAAGAAAAGAAAAAAAUAUAACAUUUGAUUAUGAAGAUGUUACCUAUCUCACGGCUGUUUUAUGUUUACAAAGUGAAUUAACGAUUUCUUAAAAAUAUUCUUAUGCAAAGAAGAUUAAGAAUAAAAGAAAGAAAGAAACUUUAUAUACAAAAAAUUACUCCUACAUCAUUUUAUUAUUAAAUGUUUGUGGAGAAUGUAUUUAUUUAAUAAAUUUAAUAAUUAAUCAUGAGGAAAAGACUGACAAAAUAUGAUAAUUAAAUACUUUCCUAUUCUCCGAGACUGACUGCUCUAUAUUGUUUUAGCUUCAAAAACAAAUUGUAAAAAAUAAUCAUGCCAAAGUGUAUAACACAUCUUUCCGUACUAUUAAUAUAAGUCAUAUAUAUAUACAUAUAAGUAAAUUGUAUGAAAUUAAUCAAUAUUAGAUUCAGAAAACUAUGUUUCUUGUAUAGCAUUUGUUGAAAUCAAUUAAAAAAUUGUGUCUUAAUAUUUUCUAAAGAUUAAUCGAAUAAUAUUUUAAAAUGAAACAAUGGGUUCUGUUCUUGCACUAUCAGUGUAAAUAUUUAAAAGACUAUUUUGCAAUGAACAAAAUAAUUGCCCACAAAUUAUUCUAUAUAAUUUAUCUUACAUAAGAAACUACAAAUACAGAUGUAUUUGUAUUAUAGAUAUGAAAUCCUAUUAUCAUUUCAACAUGCGCAUUUUAUAAUUAUCUAAGCGAAAAACAACAUUUUAUGUAAUUAAAACUUAAUUUUGUAUCAUACAUGAAGAAACAAAGUAAAAAAAGAAUUACAUAUUUAAACUAUUUAUUCAUAUGUUAAUUCUUAAACAAUAAAUCUGUACAAAAUACUAUUUACAGAUGAUACAAUAAACAUUUUAAAUAUG